AUGGCGGCGGAAGCGGCGAAGAACACAAAAAAAGAAGAGGAGAAGAAAAAGAAGAAGAAGAACAAAGAAAGAGGAGGAGGAUGUUUUGGAGGAGGCAAGAAAAAAAAUGGAGGACAACAGCAGGGACAGCCGCAAGCCAAGGAAACGACGGCGGAGAAAAAGAAGAAUGCGACGCAACAACAGCAACAAGAACAAAAUCAGAAGUUGGAAGGAGGUGAUACCGAAAGUGACUACGACAGCACGGAAGGCUCUGAGGAGGAUGACGGAUUGCACUCGAAUGGGUGGAUUCGAUAUUACGACGAAACGAGUGGAAACUUUUAUUACGUUCGAGAAGACGAGACGGGCGAAGCGCAGUGGAACAAACCGGCUGAAUUUAUUGUUCCCGUGGAAGAGGAGAGAGAGAACGAAGCUGUACUUCGUAAGCAAGAGGAAGAAAGGAGAAUCCAGGAGCAACAGGAACGGAAAAAAGAACUGGAGGUGAAGCGAAAAGAAAACGAAAAGCAGUUGAAAGAGGACGAGAAGAAACGCGCGAAAAAAUUGGAACAAGAGGCGAAGCAACGCGCCAUCGCGGACGAGAAAAUGAAGGCAGAGUUGUUGAAGCAAGAAAGAUUGAGAGAGAAGGAAAAUUUGCGGUUGAAAAUGGAAGAAGAGGAAGCGUUGAGAGAAAAAAUGCUCGCGGCAAAGUUAUCGGCGAAAGCGAAAGAGCGAGAGACGGAAAGGCAACGGAAAGAGCAAGAAGCGGUGGCUUUGAAACAUAGACAAAUGGAAGAGGAAAACAAAGUAGCUCAGACAACUUAUAGAAGACGGAUUGAGGAACAAAGAGCGAAAGAACGCGAGCGACUGGAACAAAAUAAACUCAAUCGCGAAGCUUUGGAGCGAACGCAACGGGAGGAGGAGAUGGUUCGAAAACAGCAGCAACAACAGCGAGAACGAGUGACACGAAGUACGAGUUCGCGCGCAGAUCGGUCGUCAUCUCAAAACCCGGACGGAAAUAAAACAUACGACAAGAGUCAAUCGACGUUGCGUAAGCACCUGGACAGAAUUUUUCUCGUCUUCGAUAAAGAUAGUUCCGACGAUGAAGACUAG